AUGGCGCUGAUGCUGGGUCUUACCAAGUACAUCAUGGCACAAGGCCUGCUCAAAAAGUCCUCCAAAUCCGCAAAGCCCUCGGCAUCAUCGAAGAGCGCCGGUGUCACCAAGAAGGGUCCCCGAACCAUCACCCCGAAGAAGGCGAAGCUGGCCAAACAGGCCAAAAUCAACAAGAAAUACACUGCCGGACUGACAGCAAAGACAGAGGCUAUGUUGGGGGCUCGAGCAGGGCAUCUGGAGAUGCUGGGCCAGGGAAGGAAGAAGAACGCAGGUGCAGAACAAAGCAAGAGCAGCGGAAAGAAAACAGGGAACAAGUCUUGA